UUUAUUCAGAAGAACGGAGGUGCGCUUCAAAUCACCCAAACACCUCGUUCGCUUCAGAGCAGGUGGAUGAGCCUCUCACUGCAGUCUCUCUCUCUAACACUGAUCAGUGUGAUUCAUCUAGUCAGUGUGACAAGAGCUUAUGGUGAUCAGACUGUGUGGAUCCGCGGAGCUGCUGCUGAUGAGUGAUGGCCGAGUGCUAGCCUGCGCCGCUUCCUGGCCUGCGUCUCUCUUGGAAGAGCAGGACAACCAAUGAAUGUUGACAUGGGAGAUUGGUGGACUCCAACGAUGAUGCCAGAUCCGUCUCUCGACACCAAAGAGCUUUCCAGUAUUUCUGGGAUCAGCAUGUCUCCCUCCAGGCGAAACUCUCAUCAUUCACUGCACUCCACCAUGGCUCUGCCCAAAACCUCCUACAGCGUGUUAAGUGCGUUCUGCACUGAGGAGAACAUAUCGCAGUGCAUCGCAUAUAUCAGUCAGGAGGUGUGUUCGCUGGGCUUGACUGGAGUGAGUUUGGAGUGUAAAUCGGGCGGUCUGAGUGCCGUGCCGGUUCUGAACCUGCUGUAUGAAGUGCUGCAGCUGCAGAGGAGAGCUCAGCGUGCCCUACAUGAGCUGGAGAGCCAGCAGCUGAAGAACGGCAGUGACCUCGAGCACCUGCAGCACAGCAACUGUAGACUCAAAGAUCAGCUGGAGCACACGAGGAGAGAGAACUCAGGUCUGCAUGAGGGUGAGCGACAGCUACAGUUGAAGAUCAAAACCUUACAGAACUGCCUCAAGUCUGAGAAAGAGGAAGUGCAGAAACUGCAGAGCAUCAUCUCCAGUCGUGCCACACAGUACAACCAUGACACCAAGCGUAAAGAGAGAGAGUGCUCCAAACUGAAGGAGCGGCUCAACCAGCUGCUCGUGGACAAGAGAGACAAGAAACUCGCCAUUGAAGUGUCAAACUAUGUGGGAAGGUCAGAUGGCAAGAGAAGCCUUUGGAAGACGGGCAAGAUGGAGGCCAGGCACGAGGGUGAGAUGUACAGGGCUCUGCUGAGUGACUAUGAGACGCGGCAGAGAUCUCUGAUGCUGGAGAACUCAGAGCUUAAAAAAGUCCUUCAGCACAUGAAGAAGGACAUGAUCGCCAUUCUGAGUCCAAAGAAACUCUGUGUCAAAACGGAGCCAGCAGAUGACAGCCUAGAGCAGGCUGGCUCUGAGGGCGAGGAGGAGACGGCUGACUCCAGUCGAGAGACUCUAGAGCAGUCAUGUGAGCAGGCGCGAGAGCAGCUGACCAACAGCAUCCGCCUGCAGUGGAGGAAGCUCAAGAGCCACAUGGAGAGACUCGACAGCCAAGUGUCUCUGGUGGCGUGUCAGGAGCGUGAGGCAGAGGAGCUGAUGUCCAGGAAGGAACAUGAGGAGGAGAUGCAGCGGAUAAGACUGGAGUUGCAGCAGUGUAAAGAGUUCAUCCACAUGCAGCAGCAGCUUCUACAGCAGCAGCUCAGUGCACCAUGUGACGAUGAGACAGCAGCUCUGUUGAAUGACUGCUACACGCUGGAGGAGAAAGAGCGACUGAAAGAGGAAUGGAGACUCUUCAAUGAGCAGAAAAGAAACUUUGAGCGAGAAAGGAAGAAUUUCACUGAAGCUGCUAUUCGCUUGGGACAUGAGAGGAAAACGUUUGAGGAGGAUCGAGCUGCAUGGCUGAAGACCCAGUUUUUGAACAUGACUCCAUUUGUAGACCGCAAAAGACCUGCAUUGCCUGAACCUCACAGUGCUUUAUCAAUCAGUACUGAACCCGAGGCCAAACUGCAGUCCACUCCACCCCUCCUGACCAAGUCCCUGUCCUACACAGUGUUCUCCACCCCUAAAGCUGCUCCGGUGAAGAUGCCCUCCACAGCUGACCUCUACCGCACGCUUCAGCUCAUUCCAGAGAGCAGAGGCCAUGGGAAAUGUCAGAGUGGUGAGAUGUUGCCCAAGUCACGUCUGCGCAGUUGCUCUACAGACUGCAGCGUCAUCUCGUUGGUCAGAGAUGAGAACAGCCCCAUCUGACGGUACGUCAGUAUUACACUGAUCAAACUCUUCUCGCACUACUGAAGACACACUCCGCUGUUACGGGAGUCUUCCUUUCAUCCCCAUCACUGGAUGACCAACCACCUGCUCCUUAUCUGCUGUGUUGUCCCUGAAGGGAUUUAGGGUUGAAUAAAACAGAUGGUGUGCUUAGCUGGAUCAAAUUGAUCUCAGAGACAAUCAUUUGCUCAGUUGUUUGUUUACCACUUCUAAAUCACAUGAUGAUAAAUAUGUAAAGUGGCCAAUGUGUUUUUUUGUAUAGUAGUAAUAAGAGUAAUUUAAAAAUGCAGCGGUCAGAUUGUGUGAUGUUUGUGCGGGAUGUAAAUGUGACAUUAAUUCAUAAAGCACUUUUAAGAGGAGCAAUGUUUAAUGUAGCUUUUAAAUAUUACUAUAAAUUGAUAUUUUCAUUUGCCGUUAUAUUGUUGCAAAAAACACUCAUCUUGGGCUAGAUUUCACAUUUAGAACUGCUCAAAGUUUUGUACUUUUAUCAUAAUUGAUUGAUGUUAAGUACUAUGCAUUAAUUGCAUCUCUCAAUGCAAAACAUGGAAUGGGUUGUUUUCAUUCACUUUUUUUCGUCACUUGAAUGUUGAAUAUUUAUAUUGAAAAAUCAAGAAUGUCUUUGGUAGAACUUUUUGAAUCCAUGUUUACACAUUUGAAGACCGAUUUCUUUAAUUCAAUGCAAUAAAGUUUGAAAGAUUUGAAAAAGAA